AUGGCAAGCCGCAGCGGCGCAGCCCUUGUGGCAGGGACAGCUGCCACGCUCUCGCUCAAGGUGGCGUUCGGCCUUCCCUCGCAUGAUGGCGUGUACGUCCAGCCGCUCUUCCAGACCGGUCUCGUCUUUUCAGCAAUGGCAUUGUUGGUGCCUGUCCAUUACAUCGUGACGUGUAAUGGCGACCGAGCAACGAUCGAGAAAGGGGCCUUCUGGCGUCUCUGCCGUCCGGCCGUGAUUGACGUGCUUGCGACGGCGCUCGCGAUGGCCGGUCUCUUGUACCUCGCGCCCAGCACGCACAAGCUCCUCCAGUACAGCGUCAUGCCGAUCGUCGCCUUGCUCAAGUGGCUUCUCAAGAGAGACGACGCGCCCGCACUCGCGACGCGCGGCCUGGGACUCUACCUUGUCGCGCUGAUGUGCAUCGUCGUCGGAACCAUUUGUAGCGCACCGAUCGAGUCUUCCGCCAUUGUGCGCGGCCUUUUGUUCCUCGGCGCCAGCUGCAUUGUGCAAAGCGUUCUCUUCCUUGUCGACGCCGACGCGUCCGAGCCGCUGCCCGCGCUCCUUGCUAUUGGCGUCCAAGGGCUCUGGGGCUGUCUCUUUCUGACCCUUCUCGUCUUCCCCGCGGCCUACUGCAUGCCGACCAGCUCGGGGCUCCAUGAAAACGUCUUCAACACGGCGCAAGUCGUUGCCACCAAUUCGGACCUUCUCGCGUCUGCGCUCGUAACCCUAUUCUCGACGACCACCUUUCACGUCGUCGCUGUCCGCGUGCUCGAAGACGACGUCGACGAGGUGCACGGGUACUUGCUCGCGAUGAGCUUGGCGCCGAGCGUGUGGAUCGUCGGCAUUUUGCUGCAGUACAGCACCAGCCUUCCGGUCGACGAGCCGUGGACUGGCGUUGCGAGCAUGGUGCAGCUCUGCGGCAUGGCACUCCUCCUCUACGCGACGACCUUGAUUCAUAACGAUGCACCCGAGCUGCCUGUCGGCGUCGGGCACCGAGUGUUUGCCUACUCGUCGAGCAGCGCCACCGAGCCCCACCUCGCGCAGCGCCUCAUCGCGUACGGCUCGUUCAAGGCCGCGGACCACAAGACCCGUGGCUCGUUCGUGAUAUAAAUGAGACACCGUAUCUUGCGAGUGGAGCGUACACGGAGCGAAUAAUUACAGGAGUUCGAGACGCUAAGCACUUGUCAGCACGCUGCCUCGGCAGCGGUCUUGUCCUC